GAGGCGGGGCGGCGGAGGGAUUGCGGCGGCCCGCAGUCGGGAUAACCUUGAGGCUAAGGCAGCGGAUCCCCGCAUUGGAGCGACGCGUCGCGAGCCUCCGGACCUGUCUGCGGUAGCAGCGCAUCCCGAGCCGGACCACGUCGGAGUUCCUCUGGACCCAAGACAUCAGAAGCCAUGUCGAAGCACCACAGUGACGCCGGGACAGCCUUCAUUCAGACUCAGCAGCUGCACGCGGCCAUGGCCGACACCUUCCUGGAGCACAUGUGCCGCCUGGACAUCGACUCUCCGCCCAUCACGGCCCGAAACACCGGCAUCAUCUGCACCAUUGGCCCAGCUUCACGAGCAGUGGAGACAUUGAAGGAGAUGAUUAAGUCUGGGAUGAAUGUGGCUCGUUUGAACUUCUCUCAUGGAACUCAUGAGUACCACGCAGAGACCAUCAAGAAUGUACGUGAAGCCACGGAAAGCUUUGCUUCAGACCCCAUUCUCUAUCGGCCGGUGGCGGUGGCCCUGGACACUAAAGGACCUGAGAUCCGAACCGGGCUCAUCAAAGGCAGCGGCACCGCUGAGGUGGAGCUGAAGAAGGGAGCCACGCUGAAGAUCACCCUGGACAAUGCCUACAUGGAAAAGUGUGACGAGAACAUCCUGUGGCUGGACUACAAGAACAUUUGCAAGGUGGUGGACGUGGGCAGCAAGAUCUACGUGGAUGACGGGCUUAUUUCUCUGCUGGUGAAGCAGAAAGGCCCUGACUUCCUGGUGACGGAGGUGGAGAAUGGCGGCUCCUUGGGCAGCAAGAAGGGCGUGAACCUCCCUGGGGCUGCCGUGGACCUACCUGCUGUGUCAGAAAAGGACAUCCAGGAUCUGAAGUUCGGGGUGGAGCAGGAUGUGGAUAUGGUGUUUGCGUCUUUCAUCCGCAAGGCUUCUGAUGUCCAUGAAGUCAGGAAGGUCCUGGGAGAGAAAGGAAAGAACAUCAAGAUAAUCAGCAAAAUCGAGAAUCAUGAGGGAGUUCGGAGGUUUGACGAAAUCCUGGAAGCCAGUGAUGGGAUCAUGGUGGCGCGAGGUGAUCUGGGCAUUGAGAUCCCCGCAGAGAAGGUCUUCCUUGCCCAGAAGAUGAUGAUUGGUCGGUGCAACCGAGCUGGGAAGCCCGUCAUCUGCGCCACACAGAUGCUGGAGAGCAUGAUCAAGAAGCCUCGCCCUACCCGGGCGGAGGGCAGUGACGUGGCCAAUGCAGUCUUGGAUGGAGCCGACUGCAUCAUGCUGUCCGGAGAGACGGCCAAAGGGGACUACCCCCUGGAAGCUGUCCGCAUGCAGCACCUGAUAGCUCGUGAGGCUGAGGCAGCCAUGUUCCACCGCAAGCUGUUCGAAGAACUUGCGCGAGCCUCAAGUCACUCCACAGACCUCAUGGAAGCCAUGGCCAUGGGCAGCGUGGAGGCCUCAUAUAAGUGUUUAGCAGCAGCUUUGAUAGUUCUGACGGAGUCUGGCAGGUCUGCACAUCAGGUGGCCAGAUACCGCCCCCGGGCCCCCAUCAUUGCUGUGACCCGGAAUCGCCAGACAGCUCGCCAGGCCCACCUGUACCGCGGCAUCUUCCCUGUGGUGUGUAAGGACCCAGUGCAGGAGGCCUGGGCUGAGGACGUGGACCUCCGGGUGAACUUGGCCAUGAAUGUUGGAAAGGCCCGAGGCUUCUUCAAGAAGGGAGAUGUGGUCAUUGUGCUGACCGGGUGGCGCCCUGGUUCCGGCUUCACCAACACCAUGCGUGUAGUUCCUGUGCCGUGAUGGACUCCGGAGCCCCUCCUCCAGCCCCUGUCCCACCCCUCCUCCCCAAACCAUCCAUUAGGCCAGCAUUGCUUGUAGUGCUCACUUGGGGCUCACUGGUGGGCUGGGACGCCAGGGAAGAAGAUGAAUGCCUCUGUGAAACCUGGCUGGUUUUAAGACUCUGCUUGGGUGGGGUAGUUCAGAGCUGGGCCACCCAUCACAUGGCUGCAUCCAAGCAAGGGGUGAAGGAGGGAUGCAGGCAGGACUGGAGGCCCCAGAGAUUCACACAGAGGGCAACAGCUCCUGCUUCCCUUCCUUUGUGUACCCAAUUCAGUUCCUGUAGAAAAUGGAUAUCCAGAGAAUUCCCAACCCUGGCCCGGGAUCAAGAGUAGGGGCCUUAGGGCAUGGGGCAGUGGUUCCAGUUUAAGUAGACUCUGGCCCUGGCCCUUACUUGCUUCUCCAACCCCCUCAGCCUCCCUCAGUCUCACCUUGUGAACCGUAUACUUCUCUUCCUUCACCCAGCUGUUGCUGCAGACAAACACUCCACCCCCCCCCCCAUCUUCCAUUUCCCCCACUACUGCAGCCGCCUCCAGGCUUGUUGCUAUAGAGCCUACCUGUAUGUCAAUAAACAACAGCUGAAGCA